CCAGAAGUGACGCGUAGGUCACGCCGUGGCGCAGGAGGCGGAGCUAGGAAAGAAUCCGCCUCAGCGGGCGUGUGGCAGCGGGGUUCGCACGGUCCAAUGAGGGAGGGCGGCGUGGCCAGGCCUGGUAGCGACGGUGAUGCGCCUGCGCAAAGGCGGCAGCACGGUUGAGGUUGAUUCCGGGGGCGCGGCGAGGAGAGACAUGAGGCUGAGCUGGGUCCUGGCAGUACUGUCUAUCUGCCUGAACGCUCUGGCCACGGCCGCCGGGGCCGAGGGCAAGCGGAAGCUGCAGAUUGGGGUCAAGAAGAGGGUGGACCACUGCCCCAUCAAAUCACGCAAGGGGGACGUCCUGCACAUGCAUUAUACGGGGAAGCUGGAAGAUGGGACGGAGUUUGACAGCAGCCUGCCUCAGAACCAGCCUUUUGUUUUCUCCCUUGGCACUGGCCAGGUCAUCAAGGGCUGGGACCAGGGGCUGCUGGGGAUGUGUGAAGGGGAAAAGCGGAAGCUGGUGAUCCCAUCAGAGCUGGGGUAUGGAGAGCGUGGAGCGCCCCCAAAGAUUCCAGGUGGUGCGACCCUGGUGUUCGAGGUGGAGCUGCUCAAAAUCGAGCGACGUUCAGAACUGUAGCCAAACUGGGGAGGGGCAGGGGGGAGAGGCCCCCAGCAGGGACCAGACUAUUUCAAAA